AUGCCAAAACGAUUCCUCAAUGUUGAAUAUGGCACUAUUUCUACUGAAAUCGAUGUGACUGACUUUGAAGACCCGAGUGACGUUCAGGAUGCUAUCAAAGCAGAGUAUGGUCCUGCUAUGGCUGACAUUGAUGCUCCUCAACUGCAACUCUACACCAACAAAUACUUUACUCAAGAUGGUUCUUGUGUUGUCAUUGGUGUUUACCCUCCACCUUCAAGACAACCUACUCAAACUGACCUAGUUCCAACAUCUGCAGCAGCCUCACCCGCACUACUGGAUUUUUGGACUGCUUUCACAAACUACCCUAACCCUCUUGAAGGAAACACUGUUGUCCAACUUCCAGCAGACGUAUUCAUCCUUGGAAACCAUUCAAUUGGAUCAUCCAUUUACAUCCGUCCUUGUUAUCCUAAACUUUUUGAAAAAUCACUAUCUAUUGUGCAAUCUGCUGAUAUACGUCAUUUGAUCAUCCUUGGAAAUCUUGGAAUUGGCAAGACAUAUUUUGGUUACUUUUUGCUGUUGCAUCUUGCUCGCUCUGGAGGAAAGCAUGCUUUUUGGCAAAUCUUGGAUUCCUCGUCAACAUUCUACAUUGUUGAUGGCUCGGCACCUGUUGAUGUUGAUGCCAAGACCAUUCUUGUUACUUUACCUCGUUGGGAAAUUUGGCAUCGGUUUUGCAAGGGGUCCUGCGACAUUCGGUAUAUGCCAGUGUGGUCAAAAGAAGAAUUGCAUUCCUGUCGCUCAAUGCUGUUUCCUACAGUCCCACAAGAAUUGGUACAAAGUCUGUAUUUGAAGUGGGGAGGAAUUGCUCGUUAUGUUCUUAAAUAUGCAUUGGUAAAAGAACAACAGGAUUUUCUCGACAAAGCUUUAAAUAUUUCCAAUAUCGAUUCAGUUGUCAAGUCUUUUGGUAAAUAUGGUGAAAACCUAGACGCUUCAAGUUGUUUGAUUCAUAGAUCAGUCAAGGAUGGCUUCCACAGUGGUCCUUAUCAGUUUGCUUUUGACUAUGUGGUUGAUGAAAUUUACAACCGUGUCUAUGCCAGAGACCGAGAUCAUCUUAUCAGAUUUGUUUCUGUUACUCGAGAAAUUGGUGAAACUGGUCAACUUAAUAGGGAAUUAUUCAAAAAGCACGCUCAUACAGUCAUCGCUAAAGGUGGUUCAUUCAAGAUUCGUGAUUUACGUACCAAGCUGGAGUCUACACUUCAACUGCCGAUGGAUCUUAGUACUUUGUUAUUGUCCAACAAUUCUCAAGUUCAAGACGCAACGAAUUGCUAUUUCCGUCCCAUUAGCAAUAUUUUUGAAUCUGUUGAUUCGUUCAUCAAGCCAAAUCUACUUUUCCAAAUGACCGGUGCCAAAGAUCAUCCUUGCAAACAGACUGGGAUUUGUGGUGUUUUGGAAAUACUUGGUAAUCCGUCAAAACCAGAACUGUAUUUUGUUGUACCUCCUGAUCGUUUUGCCUGUUUUACACGCCAAAGCUACCACGGAACAGAUGGUCAAGUGUUGUCACAAAACGAUACUAUUGCGAGUGUUAAGAAGUUGACUCGAUUUGUUUUGACGUUUAAACCAUCUCAUCAAUAA